AUGACGUCGAUAGGCACAGGCUACGACCUGUCCAACUCGGUCUUCUCGCCCGACGGCCGCAACUUCCAAGUCGAAUACGCAGUCAAGGCGGUCGAGAACGGUGGCACAGCAGUGGGGAUCAAGUGCAAAGAUGGCGUUGUGCUGGCCCUGGAGAAGCUCAUCACCAGCAAGCUGCUGAAGCCGGGGGCGAACAAGAGGAUAGCAACCGUGGACAGGAACAUGGGCAUUGUCUCUUCUGGUCUUUUGCCCGACGGUCGCCAUUUCGUGUCCCGGGCCCGCGACGAGGCGGCACAGUGGCGGCAGCUCUACAAGGCACCCAUCCCCGCAGCAUCUCUUGCCGACCGCAUGGGCAGCUAUGCUCAGGCCUACACCCUCUACUCGAGCGUGCGACCCUUUGGCGUGACAGCCAUCAUCGGAGCAUGGGAUGCUGAGGCAGAGCUGCCAGUAGAUGGCCAGGUCGGCUCGGGGCCCAAGACUGGCUCUGGUGGCAAGAAGGAGGGUGCAAAGCACGGUGGCCCGUCUCUAUACAUGAUCGAGCCGAGCGGGCUCUACUGGGGCUACUACGGUGCGGCGACGGGCAAGGGACGACAAAUCGCCAAGUCGGAGCUCGAGAAGCUGAACCUCGCCGAGGGCCAGCUCUCUCUUGAGGAAGGCGUCAAGGAGGCGGCGCGCAUCAUCUACGUCGCACAUGACGACAACAAGGACAAGGAAUUCGAGCUGGAGAUGACUUGGAUCAGCAAUCUCGACGGGCCCACCAAAGGCAAGCACGAGGAGGUACCAAAGGACAUCAUGGAAGAGGCAGAGAGGCUUGCCAAGAAAUCGCUCGAAGGGGACGACGAGGAUGAGGACGAAGAGAAAAUGCAGGAGUGA